GGGUCCGGGCCGUGGCUCCCCCCUCGUGGGCCGGGCCGGGCCUGGGGAAGGAGGCGGCGCGGCGGUCCCGGCUCGCGUAAAGCCCAGCGCUGGGCAGGGCGCCGGCCUCGCUGGCUGCACCAUGGAGCUGCGGAUCCUGGAGCCCCGCGUGCGGGUCCUGAGCCUGGCCCGCCGCGGCCUCUGGCUCUACACCCACCCGCUGCUCAAGAUGCUGCUUCUGCCCCAGCGCAGCAGGUGCAGGUUUUUCAGCUUAACAGAGACACCUGAAGACUACACCAUCAUGUUGGAUGAAGAAGGCUUCAAAGAACUCCAUGCCUCUGAGUUCCUGCAAGUGGUGGAUUCCACGUGGCUCGUGCUGAACGUCUUGUCCAACGGCAGCGCCUCCCUCAACAACCAGCCAAUCGGAGUCACCAAGAUUGCAAAAUCCGUCAUCGCGCCGCUGGCCGAGCACAAUGUCUCCGUUUUGAUGUUGUCCACAUAUCAGACCGAUUUUAUUCUGGUACGGGAGAAGGAUCUGCCUGUGGUCAUCCACACCCUGGCCAGCGAAUUUGAAAUUUAUAAGGAGAUGAAUGGAGAACCGGUCCCUGCAAACUGUGAAGACAUAAGCAAUGGAUUCCACAAGGCAAAGCAAGAGUUCAACGCCACGGUCCAUCCAAUACAAACUCCUCAGAACAGAUUCUGCAUCCUUAGCAUCGCCCCCGAAACCUUGCCAGCCAUUGCCACAAAACUCAUCGAUGUCCUGUUCUACACAGCCAGCCCGCCAAAAGAUGCCUCCCCUAACAACCAGGACGCCAUUACUUUCUUUGCCUUCUCCCUGAUUGAGGGCUACAUCUCCAUUGUCAUGGAUGCAGAGACCAAGAAAAAAUUCCCCAGCGACCUGCUGUUGACCAGUUCCUCAGGGGAGCUGUGGAGGAUGGUGAGGAUUGGUGGGCAGCCCCUUGGCUUCGAUGAAUGUGGGAUCGUGGCCCAAAUUGCUGAACCCCUGGCCUAUGCAGACAUCUCCGCCUAUUACAUCAGCACCUUCAACUUUGACCACGCCUUGGUUCUAGAAGAUGGCAUUGAUGAGGUCAUUGAAGUGCUCCAGAAACGCCAGGAGGCUGGAAGAUAAACACCUGGGCUCCCUUUGUCUCAGAUGUGGGUUUCAGAAGCCAAACUGACGGAUCUGGUCCAGCCCUACUCCCAACAGAUGUUCCUGGAGAGAGAGCGAGCCUGGGAGCCCAGCUCCUCUGCAAGCCAAAUUAUCUUUCUGGGGACUCGUAUCCGCAUGGAGAACACCCUAAUAUUUUCAUUUGAGGGUACCCUCCAUCUCUCCCAAGGGAGAAACAUGUGCCUUGUUCCCCAAAUUCUCCAGAUUGACCAACAGGGUGGAAUUUUCUGGGUAGAUAUUCAGUAUUACCACUUCUUCUGGUUUUCUCAGCCAUCUUCAUAUUCCUUGAUUAUUUGUUGUCUCCGGAGACUGGCAGACAAAUUCCAAUACAUGUUGACCAACUUCUUGGUCAAGACGAAGAGGCUGUCUUCUCUAUUUCUCUCUAAUUUUGCACGUUUUCUGAGAUUUCUUAAAGGCGUCCAGAUCCUUGGGGGCAGGGGCGAUGUAACUUAAUUAGAAUUCCCCACUGUGCCCCAUCGUGAAAGGACAGCCUUCUCCAGAAACAAUGUUCUCUAGAUGAUUGAUUGAUGGGCUUCAAGAGGUGAUAACCCCAAUGUAUCUGGAGACCAAACACUCCUGGAUUUAGAGUUGGGCUGUCUUUUCACUGCACAAUGCUAAGAGUAGGAAACACUGGAUUUUUUUUUUCUCUUUUUUGAAUCUGUUGUAGGAAGGGCUGGAGGAGUAACCUGAAGGAAGAGGGGGCUUUGGACCUCUGUGUUCUUUGUUCUAUGGCUGCUAAAAAGAGAGAAAUAAGCUUUUUUGGUGCUCCUGCAUCUUCCCUUCCUUCUGGGGCUCGUGUCAUUGGCAACCUUAAUGGAUCUGAAGCAUUAGCUGUCAAAAUGUUUUUGGAGCUUGGGGUAUCUGGGAGGAAGGGUGGGUCCAAAACGCUCCCUCUUCCCCCUGCUUUUUGAAGCCUUAAUGCCUUCAAGUGCCUUCUUGUUAUUCAGCUUUCUAAAUGUCAAAUGAUGAUCAUGUAAGCUACGGCCUUAGCCCUUGUGGGCAUCUGGUACAAAUCACAAUGACCCGAAAAAUGAAGAACUUGUGUCACGUUACGAUACAAACUGUGUCUUUUGGGCUGAUUGGGAUGCAAGUAGAGAAGUCCCAUGGUUUUGCGUCGGGGUGUUUGGUGGUGCACACCGUGCAUCCUUUGUCUUUCCACCCCUAGUGGAUAUAUUGUGAGGUCUUUUCUUGAGGACUAGCGAGAAGUUUGAGUUUAGAUGUCUUUCACCCCCACCCCCCCAAACUCUGGCUUGAAAGAGAAGGAUUGUGGUUGUGUAGCAAGCCUAGUGUUUCUAUUUCUUCCCUUUCUUGGCCAGUCAGAUUGCUAGGAAGGGGGGAAGUUUGCCCACUCCAUCGGCCAGUCCAAGUGCUGUGAUUGUAACCUUCAGUUGAGAAGGUUGGUCUUGACUUCUGUAAGGAAGAGAUGGAAAGUGGCUUCCCUAGGAGACCUCUCACCACUGCAGGCAGACUGAUGGGCCUCCACCUCUACCUGUGUAGACUUUCCCAAACUUUAGGUUUCCUAAAAAGUUUAGAACUGGGAGCUUUCUGCAAGAGUUGAGAAUCAUGAUCCAAAAGGGGAUCAUAGACUGUUACAAUAAUUGUCAGACUUCUUUAAGGGAAGAGAAGAAACUGGGAACAUCAGAAACGUAGAUUUAUGGAGUCGCCCAGGAAAGACACAAAUGGCGUACUCUUCCUAUGGGUGGCCUGUAGCCACCGUGAUCUUAUUUUUGUUUGUUGGUGCUAAAAGCUGCGUUCCUUCUCGACAGUCCUCAAAUGGAAGCCUCUCCUUAGCUGUGGCUAAGAUUCAGAUUUCUUUCUAAAGUUCUGUAUUUUUCUUUCUUUCUUUUUUUUUUUGGCAAGGUUUUAAAUUUUUGUCAAUAAAGGUCAUCUUUUUUUUAAAAAAAUUCCAAAAUCUAAUAAAGCAGUCCAUCUCA